UGAAUCGUGUUCAUUGUAAUCUAUCUUCAUCGUCUUCAGUUUUGUUCUCUCUUAAUCAUUCAGAAACCACUCAAAAAUACUUCCACUCACAAACCUCUCUGAAACUAGUUCCCUUGGUCUCUUGUUUACCCUCAAAUCUUCUUUAUUUCACCUAUUUCCCUUACUUAAUCUAUUUGAUUUUGCACCUUAGUUGUCCUGUUAUUAUCUGUGUUUUAGUUAUUUUCAUUUGCUUCACUUCUCUUCUGUUUUUCAAACUUAAAAAAAGUUUUUUAAAAAAAAAAUGGUUGAUGUUGCCGGGAGUUUCGGGGGUGUGUUGAGUCCUGUCCUUGAAGUUGGCAAGUGGUUGGCUGCUCCGAUUUGGCGUCAAUUCAAGUAUUUGUACAACUACAAUACCAAUUUCAAAAAUCUGGAAAAACAAGUUGAGCAGUUGAAAAAUACAAGAGACGAAGUCCAGCUUAAGGUUACUGCUGCUGAAAGAAAUGUGGAAGUCAUCAAACAGAAUGUUAAGGACUGGCAGAAGGAUGUGGAGAAGACAAUUACAGAAGCAGAACAGUUGAUUCAAGAGAAAGCAAAUAACGCUCAAUGCUUCAAAGGAUUGUGGUCCAACUACAAACAGAGCAAGAAAGCUUUCAAAUUAAAGCGGGAGGAUAUUGAUCCACUCCUCCAGAAAAAAAGGGAGUUCGAUCAAGUUUCCUUUCCUACUAUUCCACAAGAUAUCUGGCUUAGAUCUAAUGAAGAUCAUUUGGCAUUCGAAGCAAGAACCUCUAUGGUGAAGAAUGUAUGGGAUGCAUUAAAUGAUGAGAAUGUGUACAUGAUUGGUGUUUAUGGGAUGGGUGGUCUUGGGAAGACUACUCUUGUGCAGGAAGCUGGAAGGAAAGCAAAGAAGGAUAAUUUGUUUGAGGACAUUGUUUUUGUUAUGAUUAUUUUGAGUUUUCUUAUGAUUAUUUUGAGUGAUAAUGUUUGAGCUUUCUUAUAAUUAUUUUGAGUGAUAAUUAUUUAUAUGAUUAUCCACUCCUCCAGAAAGGAAAGGAGUUCCAGAUGUAUUGGAGAAGAAACUAAAGUUCAAGACAAGAAAUUUAGAUGUAUUGGAGAAGAUGGGUUUCACAAAUAAUUUUCAGAUGGGCGUUUUAGAAGAAGAAGAAGCUUGGAACCUAUUCAGGAAGACGGUGAUGUUAUUCAAACACCUGAAUUGAAUUCUCUAUUGAAUGAUGUAUGCAAGGACUGCACAGAGUUGCCCAUCGUCAUUUGUAGCAUUGCAAAAGCAUUAAAAAACAAGAGUCAUCCAUCUGACUGGAAAGUGGCAUUGUGAGAAUUGAGAGCUCCUUCACCAACAACGUCCAUGGGAUUCCUAGAAAAGGAAUACAUAAAGAUGGCCUUAAGUUACAAUGAUUUAAGGGAUGAAGAACUCAAGAAAACGUUUUUAAUUUCUAGUCUAAUGGAAAAUAAUACUUCCGUUUCAGACUUAUUCAAAUAUGUUGUGUGUUUGGAUAUACUUGAAGGAGUUAAUUUGACAAUGAAAGAUGCAUGAAAUAGAUUGGAUAAAUUGGUUUGUAACCUGAAAGAUGCUAGUUUGUUACUUGACAGGUUUAGAAGCGAACAAUUUGCUAUGCAUGAUGCUAUUCGUGUUGUUGCUAUACCAAUAGCAUAAGUUCAUCACCAUGUAUUUACAUCAAAAAAUGGCAUUGAACGAGAAUGGAAGGAUAAAAAUAAACUCAAUAUAUGCACAAAAAUCUCUUUACGUGGUA